CCCGGAGUCUUAGGCUCGCACGCUGAGCUCGUGCUCCGCGCAGGAGCCGUGAACGCGCACGCAAAACCAGUCCCUGCAGCAGAGCUGGGCAGGCAGCGCGUGUGUGCGCCGUGGAGGAGCCUUGAGGAGCGCACACGGAACCAGCGAAGAUGGACGGAGUGGGAUCGUUCGGAGCGGGCCGCAGCGGGUCCACUAUCGACCCGAUUACCUUCGCCAAACAACCGCAGACCAUCCUGAGAGUCCUGUCGUGGGUCUUCUCCCUGGUGGUGUUCGCCUCCAUCGUCAACGAGGGCUACGUGAACAUCGGCAGCGAGCGUCUCUACUGCGUCUUCAACAAAAACGCGGACGCGUGCAACUACGGUGUGUUUGUGGGCCUGGUGGGCCUGCUGGCCUGCUCCUUCUUCCUGCUGCUUGACUACAAAUUCUCUUCCAUCAGCUCCGUCAAAGACCGCAAGAAGGCCGUCAUGCUCGAGAUCGGCUUCUCAGGUUUCUGGGCCUUCUUGUACUUUGUAAGUUUCUGCUUCCUGGCCAACCAGUGGUCUCGAACCACGGUCGACGAGCUGCCGCUCAACCAGGGGGCGGACGCGGCUCGGGCUGCCAUCGCCUUCUCCUUCUUCUCGAUAAUUACCUGGGCCGGUCUCACAGUGCGUGCGGUUCAGAAGUACCUCCUGGGCACCGACAUGAGCCUGUUCACCUCAGAGCACAUGGACGGCGGCGGUGGCGGUGGCGGUGGCGGCAUCGGCGGCGGCGGCGCCCCCACCCAACCCUUACCCUCCAACUCACCAGGAGGGGGCACCACCGAGUUAACAGAAACCUACCAGAACCCGCCGUUUACAGAGAACAACACGGCGCCGACGUACCAGGUUCCCAUUUAUUAGACCAGACGAAUAAAACUGCUCUGGGGUCAGUUUGCAAAAAUCUGCUAUCUUUUGUUUCCUCCUCUUGUUGUUGUUUACGUGAACAUUCCAGCUUUGUCUGCACUUUUCUAGACGUACUUUCACGCAGAUGACAUUCCUCGGGUUAGGAUCAAACUAAACAAAAACAAACAAGAGGAAGAAUCACAGAAGAUGAGAGCGUUUUGCAGUAUUCCUAUAAGUACUAACUAAGUAUGACAAACGCACCACCGCGUUCAAGUCCCGAUUUGCUUUUCCUCCCCUUUGCUGCAGUCAAACAGCGAUCUCAUGUAUUGAAUCCGCAUGUUGUCCAAGUGUAGACUUAGCGACUCAAGUGCCAUACUGUACUGACAGUGACUUCAUUUAAAAAAAAAAAAAUACUUCAUUACCACAAUGUUCUUGUGACCAAGUGCAAUAUCUUCCAUUCUCAUGCAGGUUGAUGUGUACUACUGUACUGUACUGUGGUGUAUGUAGACUUCCUGUGGAUGUAGAAAGUGAAAGCAACUAUUGGAAAUAGCAGGUUGGAAAAAAAGUAAAAAAAAUAUAUAUAGUACAUAUAUAUUUGUAUAUUUUCUUCCAAACUUUCUUCCACUUGUACAGGUUAGAUAUCAAUAUUCUUUGGGAAAAAGUAAAAAAAAAUGCAUAUUAUAUUUUCCCCGAGGUUAUAUAUGCCACAUUAUUAUUAUUAUCAUGUAAUAAUAAUAAUAAUGACAAUAAUGUGUGUUAUUAUUAAUAAUAAUUGUUAGCUCUUUUUAGUAUUAUUGCUUAUUUAAUUUUUAAUUUAUUUUUUUUAAUUUUUUGAUAUUUACUAUUAUUAAUAAUAAUACUAAUGAUGAUCUAUCAACACGUGUUUAAGGGAAAUAUAUGAAAUAUUUAUUUUACAUUGUAUUUUUCCUUUAACAUUUGUCGCUUGUCUAAGUUAUGGGCCACAUUAUUAUUUAAAAAUGAUGAAAAUAUUCAUUAUUGCCACUAGUCAUCAAUUACUAGUUAUUUUUAGUAUUAAUAACUAUUAUGAUGGUUAUUUGAUUUUUUUUGCGAACAAUAAUAAUACUGAUGAUUGUACUAUCAACACGUGUUUAAGGGAAAUAUAUGAAAUAUUUAUUUUACAUUUUCAUCAUUGUAUUUUUCCCAUAACAUUUGUCGCUUCUCUAAGUUAUAGGCCACAUUAUUAUUUAAAAAUGAUAAAAAUAUUCUUUAUUGCUACGAGUCAUCAAUUACUAGUUAUUGUUAGUAUUUAUAAUUAUUAUGAUGGUUAUUUGAUUUUUUUGGGAAUAAUAAUAAUACUGAUGAACACGUGUUUAAGGGAAAUAUAUGAAAUAUUUAUUUAAAAUGUUUCUCCCCAACAAAUGUAGUACAAAAAAUGUUAUUUGAAUUAUAUUUUUCCCCUAAAAUUUGGUGAAUGUACAGGUUAUAUGCCACAUUAUUAUUAUUAAUAAUAAAAAGGUAGUUAUUAGUAUUCAUUAUUAUUACUUUUAUUAAUGCUGUCAUUUAUCUGUUUAUUUUUAUAAUUUUAUUUUUUUAUUAUUUAUUAGUGGUAGUAAUAAAAGUGAUAUAUAAAUAUAUAAUAUAAAUUAUUUAUAUUUUCUCCCCCAACUGAAUUUUCCAGGUUAUAUUUUGCGAUAUUAUUAGUAACGAGUUCAAAAUUGUGGUGCUUUCACUUCCUAUAUCCACCCCAUAGUAGCCCCCCCCCCCUUUCUUCCCCCCACCCGCCUCAAAUGACACACACUUAUUCAGCUUUGAAUUGUACUACUAACAAAUCUCAGGCAUAUUUUGACUUGUCAAUCCCAUUCCAAUUCCAAUCCAAGCUUUAACGUAACGUAAGAACUAUUUGUGAUUCUGGUUGGUGGAUGUAGCCGUCAAUCAAACGCUAAAUUGAACCCAAAUGUCGUGUCUGGGGUUACAUUUCUGUACCAGGGAAUGUACGUUGUGUGUGUGAUCUGAGACGGCGUCGGAUGUGUUUAGUUGACUUUUUGGAAGCUGCCAAACUGCCCUGUGUUCUUAAAUAUUUUUUCUUCUGUCUUUGAACGCAUCACUGCUGUUGGCUUGAUGAUGUGGAGUGUGAGAUGAGGUGAGGUGAGGUGAGGUGAGGUGAGGUGAAAAUGCCGAACUGAUACUGUUUCGGUGGCUCAAUGUAAGAUGCUCUGCUGUUGCCAUGGCGACAAGGCCGGCGCGUAGGUGUAUGGAGAUAAUCGCCAUGACAGCCGUGUUGAUGUGUAGCCUGUGUGUGUGAUGUUUUUGCACAAGUCAGUGCAACAAGUAAAUGUGUGUAUGUGUGUGUUUGAAUGUGUUUAAUAAUAUUUUCUUGGUGCAUUAAACUUAUUUUAAUAAGUUUUUUUUUUUAUCAUUGAUAUUUGAUCAUUUUCACUUUAAAGAAUCAAGUAUAGAACCAAAUAUAUACGUUUAAUUUCCCUGAGUCGAUUUGCCUGUAAUUCCUCACGUUGAACCCGUCGCAACAGCGCCCUCUGUCGUAUAAAGCUGGUACACACGCAGUGUGACGAUGAUAAAAAUGCAUGUUAUUGUAAGACAGUCGUGAUUAAAAAGCCAUUAAUGCAGCAAACUUAGUAGUUUUACUAAUAAUGACAUUAAAUAACGCUGAUAAAAACACCUGCUCCAUACCACAAAAAUAAAAAUAGGCCUUCCGGUGAAAACACUCUUAUUAUUUCCUGUUAUUGAUACAUACAUGGUUGCUGUUCAUGUCAAAGCAAAUAUAACUGCCAACUCAAUACCGAUGCAUGUUUUUUUUAAUUGAUUUCCAUCCGUUUAGUUGACGUACUCGUCAUUCUAGAACAGGGGUCGGCAACCUUUACUAUGAAAAGAGCCAUUUCACCCACUUGCCCACUAAAGAAAAAUAGCCUGGAGCCGCAAAACGUUGUAUGUUUAAAACAACAUUGGAGGGGAAAAAAAAGACGAGUUGGAGUACUCUUGCUAGUACUGGAGAUAAACUUUUGUUUUUAAAUGAGCUCUAAUUUAUUUUUUAGAAUCGUCAAAUAACUCAUUAAUAAUAAUUAAUAACUCAAAUAACUCAAAGUAUUACUCAUUUCCCUUCAUGUUAACCUGUCAGAGAGAACUGGAUAGCAUCCUGUCUGCUCAUUCAGUCACCAGUCAGAACUCAGUCAGGAUGCAUUCAUGGUCUCACACAAAGUUGGAUUUUUGUAAACUCAUAACAAAGACGUGCAUUUUCACCACACGGGUGCUAAAAAAUAUUCAAGCAUUGCAAAGGGAGCCGCAACAAAGAGGCUGGAGAGCCACAUGCGGCUCUGGAGCCGCGGGUUGCUGACCCCUGUUCUAGAAGGAGGAACUCAAUUGAAGAGCUAAUGGAGGAAAGUGUGCCUGAGUGUGAUUGAUUCCGGGGUCAGGUUGUGUUGUUGUUGUUGUUCUCGGUGCUUCGCUCUCUUUCUCUCUCUCUCUCUUCAGUCAGUCAUUGUGAUAGAUUUAAAAUAAAAAUAAAAAACAUUCUGUGUGUUUUGUGCACUGCGCUAGUGUUGGUUGAUUGUACAAAUCAGUAUGUUCAUUCAAGUAAAUGGAUCAUGUGUGUGAUGAUGUCCGGAGGGGUCUGGAUUGUCCUGUACUGCUUUAAAAAAAUAUAUAACAAUUAACAGAAUGCACUCUUUAUACAGUAAUAUCACUCAUAAAGGGGGUCGCUCAAAUAAAAGUCUUCUGUGACUGUAGUUUUGUUGGACUGAGAUAAUAAAAGUGAUGAUAUGUAGUCAUUGUGAGGGUUCCAGUAUAAUUCUUUGCAUGGAUGUUACCAUUUUUUUCCCCUCCCAGACAAAUUAAUGAUAAAAACAAAAAGCCCAUAAUAAACUAACAAGCAAGUGGAUUUGAUUUUUAGCGUGCUGCCUUUUUCUGAAAAUGAAAAUUAUCAUUUGUCCUUGUUUUUAAGGUGUUUUAGACUUCUUCUGUGUAAAAGAAAUAAAACGAAAAAAAACGAUGUGUAUAGACAAGUGUGUCACUGUCUAUUUCCUGAAUGUCUCUGGACUGCAGUCUGAACAUCGCUCCCAAUAAAUAAAAAAACAUG